AUGGACACGAUCACGGACCUAAAAGUCACAAUCAAGAAUAUCAGGCAGGGGGCAGGGAAAGAAGACCAACAAGAAGGGCCUUCAUUCGUUAAUGCCAUCACGCCCACAACAGCUACAGCACUGAGCGAAGGAAAUCAGGCGGGUAUCCGCCCGGUUGGCUAUCGCAGCACCUGGACAACCGCAUCCUCUAACGUUGACAUUUCGCAAACAUCAGAGCCGACUGUGUCUUUUCAAGAUCAAGGAAAGAAAUCGACAAUCAUAGAUACUUCCGGUGAUGGACGCUCUAAAACAACAAGACGGAUCCGAGCUGUAAUUCUCGUGAUCGCUUUGUCUAUACACAUGAUAUUCGAAGGGAUGGCCAUAGGAUUACAGAACAGUGCCUCGAAUACAUGGACAUUGGUGGCCGCCAUAUCGGUACACAAGGCUGUGAUUGUGUUUAGUGUCGCACUGAAGAUGAAGGAGAUUGUGGAAGGAAAUCUCCAGAUUGUCUUAUAUAUCCUGUAUCUGUCGUUAGUGUCUCCCAUAGGGAUAGCAAUAGGAAUUGCAGUAACAAGUACAGGUUCUGGGAAUGAAUCUAUGCAGAAUACAAGUUCUGGGAUAUUACAGAGCCUAGCAGCCGGAACUUUCCUUUAUGUAACAUUUUUCGAAAUUCUCCAGAAGGAGCUGUCUAAUGGAUACAGCUUGCUAAAAGUGUUUUUAACCUUCCUUGGGUUUGCUGCUAUGGCUGCCCUGAAAGUACUGGAUGCUGACUAGCAUAUACAAUUUGUCUGUUAUUUAAGUACUGUAAAUACUGAAUGAGUUGGAAAGCAUUAAUCUUUGAAUGUUCUUGUUAAGGCUGACAUAUAGAUGGGUUAGGAAGGGUUACAUUGAGAGCAAUGAAAAGUGGGCUGGUGAAAAAGAAAUGACAUAUUUCUCAUGAAUAACCGAUGACAUGUAAAUGUCCGUUAUGUGUCUGCUGUGCUCGUGAAACAACUUCCUGACCAUGAUUUUCUAAUGUACUUAGUAUUCAUACCAUAAUGCAUUUCAGUUUCAUGAUGAAAAAAAUCGUCAAAAGCUUUACUGUGACAAUGAAAA